UACAUUAGAAAAACUAGAAAAAAUGCAGACUGAAGCAGAAAAAAAGCUUAAAGAACAACAGGGCAAGGAUGACACAAAUGAUAACUAAAUGAGAGUAGUUAUAGUAAAACUGCUUGACACAUUUUUUUGUAGAUACUAUUUACCAAAAUGACGAUAGGACCAUUUGUCACCGAUAUUGUCCUAACAUUUUGUUUGGCAGCAGGACUUUUGUACCGGUAUGGUAACUGGCAACAACACAAUAUUCUUGUGACGUUAGCUGUUCUUAUAGCAUGGUACUUUUCGCUGCUGAUUAUCUUUGUCCUUCCUCUUGACGUUUCAACGACUGUAUUUCGACAAUGUGUAAACGAAAAUAUGAUUCAAAACUCAACCAAUGGCACCAGUUCGACACCUCGCUCAGAUAAUUUGGUGAUGUGUGAAGAACCUUGGAGCUAUGUCCCAGAAGAUGUCUUGCCCAAUCUAUGGAGGGUCGUUUACUGGACUUCUCAGUUCCUGACAUGGCUUGUCUUGCCAUUGAUGCAGUCAUAUGCCAAAGCUGGAGAAUUCACAUUCCAAGGAAAACUGAAGUCUGCUCUAGUGGAUAAUGCCAUCUACUACGGCUCCUAUCUCUUUUUGUGUGGAGUUUUACUCAUUUACAUUGCUAUGAAACCAGGGCUUCAUCUUGAUGGUCCUAAACUGAAAGCAAUUGCGUCUUCAGCCAGCAACACCUGGGGCCUGUUCUUGCUUGUGCUGCUACUAGGCUAUGCUCUGGUGGAGAUACCUCGCAACCUGUGGCACUCCUCGUCGUGUCAGUACACACUGAACCACGCCUACUUCAAAGCGGCCAAGCUGUCAGCUGACAAGUGUGAAGCAGAGGACUCCUUGGACGACACACUUGAGUCUGUUCAGUCCAUAUCAAACUACAUCCGGCCUGGAGACACCCUGUACACCCAUCUGACGACGAUCCUGCAUAAGAUACCUGCGGAGAUGAGGCAGAGCAUGAAGCGGAGGCAGAGAAGUCAUGAAGAACACGGAGACGUGCCGAGUCUCAAGGCUCUCGUGAGACUACACAAACAGUUAAUCAAAGCCUUGCAGACGUACAGACGAUGUGAGACACAAUGGGAACUUCUCGUUGAUAGGAUCAUCCUUCAAGAGGAUAUUGCUCGCAACCAGAUGUCUCGAGAUCACAGGUUCAAACCUACCUUUCCAAAAACUCAAUCUCCCUUGGCAGCAGCAGUUUUCAAUCCAACUCUUGAAUGGUACUGGCGGUGUGUGGUACAAGGAUACUUGCUGAAAACCGCAGCUGUCUUGUCUGUGAUUCUGUCUGCGACUGUUGUUUGGUCAGAAGUGACUUUCUUCAACAAGAAACCAGUUCUUUCAAUCUUUGCAAACUUUCUCAACAUAGCACGAUCCAGCUACGACUAUCUGACAAUUGAGCUGCUGUCUACAGUGAUAAUUGCGUACUUGUGUUUCUGCGCGUACUCUACUAUUCUGAGGAUACGAGUUCUCAACUAUUACUACCUGGCCCCUCACCAUCAGACCGAUGAACACAGUCUCAUAUUUUCUGGGAUGAUGGUAUGCCGACUGACUCCUCCUCUAUGUCUCAACUUCCUGGGUCUCAUACACAUGGACAGCCACAUCAUUAAGAACAACAACAUGGAGACGUAUUAUACACAGGUGAUGGGACAUAUGGAUGUAGUGUCAAUUAUUUCUGAUGGAUUCAACAUUUAUUUUCCGAUGGGGAUACUGGCAUUUUGUUUGGCCACUUACUUCAGCAUUGGAUCUCGGCUUCUCUCAUUGGUUGGCUUCCAGCAGUUCUUGGACGACGACGAGUUGACCUCUGAUUUGAUGGAGGAAGGGAAGGAGCUCAUCAGUCGAGAGAAACGACGGCGUCAAAGGCAUGAAGAGUACGCUGGGAGGAGAAAGAACUACCAGAGACCUAUCAGCUCCAACAAUGGAGGCUUCACACAGCAGAGGACUAGAGAAGACUCCCACUCCAACCUGUUGGCUGCUGCAGAGCCAAUCGACACCUAUCACAGCAAUGAUGAUUCCUUCACUCAAGACUUCAUCCCUACACGAGUUGGAGACCCUCCGCGAGGCCUGUUUGAUGAUAUAUAAACAUUUAUGUUAGGCUUACUAGGAUCUCAUGUACAGUUAAUGUAAGUUGGGUUGAUGGUGGAUUUUGUAUAUUCAGAACUUAAAAAGUAACCUUGUGCAAUUAUGUUGCUGAGACAUUAAAAAUGUCAGAUUUUAUAACCGGUUGAUAGUGUAAUGUAAGUAUAGGUGCCAUUGGCAUUGCAAGUAGAUAUAUUUGUGUAGAUUAUAUUGAGAAGUGUACUCGUAGGAUUUACUAAGUAUUGCCUAAAAAACUGAUUGAGGUAGUUUUCAAAGUAAAGGGGUUUCAAGGCUUUUUGAAAGCAAAUGUUUUAAAAUUUAUAUAGUUUUUGUGUGAUAAUAAUGACAUGGUCUUAACAUAAAUAUUUAUUGACUAAGGUAAUUCCAAUUGCUUCUGAAUUUACUUCAAACAAAAAGUUAUAGGAAUUAAAUUAUUAAAAUCAGUGGCAAACUAUUUUGUUAGUUAGUCAAUCGGUCCUGCACUUGUUUUAUUUUAACAACUUAUUAUGUUGGUGUACAGUAUCCAGCCAAAAAAUAUACAGAUGUAGAUAGUUCUUCGAUGCUAAAUGCCAGUGUAUGUACCACUUUACUGACACUUGAAAUUUUGUAUGAUAUUACCGCAGUUCACAGCUAGUGCCACCACACAUGUUUCUUAUUUAUGACUUCUUUUGUGAUAUUAAUUUAUCUUUUUAAAGAAUCACGUCUAUCACAAAUUUUACAUUCUUCAUGACUAUAAGGAUGGGGAGUAGGUGCUUACAAUGUUAGCAUUAUAGUUUCCAGGAUUUUUGACAGUACAUUUAACACCUCUCAUGAGCCAAAUACCACAUUACCAGCAACAAAUUUACAGAGAACCCAUAACACUGUUUAAUAUAAACCCAUACUAUUUUAACACAACUUUUUUUACAGAAUUUUCUAUUUUUAUUCAAAAGGUAAAGUUUUUAAAACUUCCCAAUAUUAGUUGUGGGAUUGCACAGUGCCGGAUUUAGGGUACUGGAGGCCCUAGGCCAAAUUACUUGAGCGGCCCUCCCCCUCCCCCUGUGGUGGAAAUUCUUUGCAAUCGCGGAAAUAAUCGUGAAUAUCUCUUAUGCAUCAAGGGGACAUCAUCAUUGACACCCGUGAUCGUGGAUGAAAUCGUGGACAUCUCUCCUAAAUCAAGUCAAAGCCAUCAUAGGUAUCCGAGAGCACGGCAAAAUCAUGAACAUCCCCCACGGGCUGCAACAAAGGGACAUUAUCACCGUCACCCGCGACCACAGUAAAAUCGUGAACAUCUCCCGCGGGCCGCAAUCACGGGGACAUCAUCAUCGACACCCACGGCCGGGGCGAAAUCGUUAACAUCUCCAGUGGGCCGCAAUCACAGGGACAUCAUCAUCAACACCCACGGCCGUGGCAAAAUCGUUAACAUCUCCCGCGGGCCGCAUUCAUGGGGACAUCAUCAUCGACACCCACGGCCGCGGCAAAAUCGUGAACAUCUCCCGUGGGCCGCAAUCACAGGGACAUCAUCAUCAACACCCACGGCCGCGGCAAAAUCGUGAACAUCUUCUGUGGGCCGCAAUCACGGAAACAUUAUUAUGGUCACCUGUGAUCGCAGCAAACUAAUGGUUAAACAAAUUAUUUUUUUAGCCUAUCUAAAAAAAUUGUUGUGCAAUCCUCUGCGGCCCCCUCUUGCUUGCGGCCCUAGGCCGCGGCCUAAUCGGCCUAGUGGUAAAUCCGGCACUGGGAUUGCAAUGUACCUGUCCAAACCUGUGUAGUAUUUAUUAUGUAGCUUUGAUCAGAGCCUACUGAAGAAAUUCAUAUUAUUAUUAUUCCUUUUUUAAGUGUUCCAUAAGAGUCCAAGGUUAAUUUACCAAACUCCAAUUGAUAUUACCGAGCCCUCUCUGUAAAGAAAGACCUUCUUGUCAACAAAGAGACCAGAAACCAGCUGCUGACUGUGUGGUGUUGCAAACAAAUCUUUUCCAACAAUGUUUUGGAACAGAUCGUAUAAAUCAGUGAAAAUGGACACUCAUAUAGUUUUUUGUGAGAGAGUAUUUUUUUAUGAUUUCGGCUGUUGUAUAUUUAGCCUGACACUAUAAUAUAUCACACAUUAAAAAAGUUAUCAUUGAAAAAAUAUAUAAAUUGUGAAGGCAUGUAGUCUAAUGUUAUUGUAAAAUUUUUGGGAGAUUAUGGGGAGAAUGUUAUGGUUAAGUUAAAGGAUUUAGCAUAAUAUUUUUAACACGUAAAAAAGUAACUUGUGUACAGUGUGUUCAUUGGGAUAUACAAGGGCUAGUGACAGAAUAUUGACUUAGUCUUGCUCUACCUCUGUGCAACAGGGGCAUGUAGAUAGUGCUUGUGUAUCCUAUAUCUCUGAACCACACACGCGUGUUUAUGUAAGAUAAUACUUGAACUCUUCUCCAGUGUUGUACAGUACAUAGUAUAAUUUAGUUUAUGGCUGUGCUUUUGUUUAUAAUGAUUUAUUUAUUGUUGUCUACUGUUUUUAAUUGGAAACUUUUUCUGGAUUUCAAAUUUACCGAUGAAUUAUAUUAUACUAGCAGAGUACCCGUCCUUCGUACGGGGUUGGCAUGUAAGUAUAAAUGCUUAUUGCAGUUAUGGGAGAGGACACGGUUUAAGAAAAUUUGGUCUUUUAAUUUAUACGGUAUCCUAUAGUGUAGCACACAUCUACCAUAGCCCUAAUGUUCUACCAAUACACCUAAACCAUGGAAAAAAGUUAAGUUCUCUUUGUGUACCAUAACUUUCUGUUGCUAGUUGGUUCAAAUUAGCUGUGGUCAUAAAUGCAAAAACAUAAUAGUGCUGCACCCUGUUGGUAAGCCUCAUAACUUUUUAAUGCUAUUUAAUAUCAUAGAACCAACUUGUGAAGUUGAAUCGGCUGACAAAAUUCUUUAAUUUCUUUAAAUAUCAAUACUCUUAAGGUUAACAUGCGAAACUCCAGAGCCAGAGCCACUGGGGCGGAGCUUGAAAGGAUUUUUGAUGUAAGAAUAUGUCUAAAUGUUAAUCGGGAAUGUCAUCUAUCAUCAUACCAAAUUUCAACCUUGUCGGUUUAGUAUUUUUCGUGUUUACUUAUCACAAACAUCCAUCCAUCCAUCCAUCCAUACUAGGGGUCUGCGGGACAGAAAAUUUAAGGUCGGUACGGUUCGGUACGGUACAAUAUUUUGUACCUCGGUUCUCGGUACAAAAUCGGUACGGUACGUGGCUACCCGUAUUUUUGCGGUUUUCUUCUCAGAACUGUUUAAACCAUUAUUUUUAACUUUAAUACAUAGACAUUACUAUGAAAAUGGAUAGUAUCCUACAUUCAUGGUCUUCUCACAACAAUUACUGUACCACAUAUUAUUAAAACAAAACCUUUUACUACUACGAGGAUUGUGUAAAGAAAAAUCACAGUUAAGAUAAAGGCUUUACCUAUUUUACUCUGAGAUACUUUGAAUAGCCAUGAUAAAGUGGUUUAAAAAAAAGGAUACGAGUUUUUAUGAAUAAACAUGUUUGAAACAUUUAUUGACAAGAUAAUUUCACAAAACUGGUAAAUUAUUUCCAACCAACACAAUGUCUAGUUGUUUUUUUAAAUUUUUAAAAACAUAUAAAAGCAUUCAGUACGAAGACAGUGUAGUUUUGCCAGCUGUUCACAGCAGAUGAGAAUGAAAAACUGGAGGUUAUGAUGAAGUAAUGGCAAAGAGCAUUUUUUUAUCAGCUUCAAAACUAGUUAUAAGUUCAAACCAUUCUUCAUAUCCAAUGAAAUCCUUACCCUACCAUCCCUCUACAUUCUGGAAACCAUCAAAAUUUUGAAACUCAACAACCCAAAAGUCAGAAAUGAUUGCCACAAACUUAAUUUAAGAAACUCGAAACUUACCUAUAAUGUUCAGCAACACAGACUUACUAAAACUAGUAAAAAUCCUCAAAUAAUAGGGUCAAAGUUAUUUAAUAUGUUACCAGAGAAUUUAAAACUAAUCCACAAUGACAAAACUUUCUUGAAAAAUCUAAAACAAUAUUUGCUAAACAAACCAUACUACGACCUAAAUGAAUUUUACGUAGAUCACAGCAUCUACAAUAGACUAAACCAUUAAACUGCUCACAACCUACACUAAUACACAAAUACACA